AUGAUGUCUUGGCCUUCUUGUUCUCGUAUAGUUUUAUCUUUAUUGCAUAAUUUGUUGAUGAAUUCAAGAAAAUGUUUUGGUCACAUAUCCCUUAAAAAGAAAGCGGUUGGUAAGCAUUUCCUAUGUACUGUUUCGGAAGGCAUCUUAAUUUUCGAUCGUGAAGCAAAGAGAAUCCAACGCAACAGAGCUGCCCAACUGGAUGAUUAUAAUGUUUGUCAGUACGUGAAAGAUGAAAUAGCUUAUCGUGUGGCGGACAAAGUAUUCGACUUAACGAAAUUCAACGAUGUUUGCAUUGAUAUCGGAUGUGGUAGUGGCCAUGUUGCGAUGAAUUUGAUUAAGGAAAAUGUGGGUAUCAUUAUUCAAUGUGAUAUGAGCGCGGGACUAAUACGACGAAGUGAACGUGCAGCGGAUCCUGAAGUACCCGUUUUGAGUGUCAUUGCAGACGAAUCAAUGGCACCUUUCCGGGAAAAGUCAGCUGAUUUGGUGGUGUCUAGCCUCAGUGCCCACUGGAUUAAUGAUCUCACUAAAUGGUUCUCGCGUUGUUUAUCGAUCCUUCGUCCUGAUUGUCCCCUGAUUGGUGCUAUGCUAGCCAAUGAAACAUUACACGAACUUCGGAUAGCCUUACAAUUAGCUGAAAUGGAGAGGUUGGGCGGCAUUGGUUUACAUAUUUCACCGUUCGUUCGAGCGGAUGAUGUCGGGUCACUGAUGAGUCAGGCUGGUUUUGGAAUGAUCACAUUGGACACCGAUGAGCUGACGGUCGGUUAUCCGAACAUCUUUACGCUACUCUAUGAUUUACAAGUAAUGAGUGAGUCGAAUGCAUUACGAAAUCGAUCAACGCAUGUUAGGAAAGAUAUUCUGAUAGCUGCUGAUGCUAUUUAUAGGUCAAUGUUUUCUCGCGACGAUGCUCCAUGUCCAGCAAGUUUUCAAAUUGUUUCAUUUAUUGGUUGGCGUCCUGGUCCUUUAAUGCCUAAACCAGCCAAACGUGGGUCACAACAGGCAUCAUUCAAAGAUAUUGGUAAAAUUAUCGAAGGGAAGAUGCCCUUCCCAGAGGAGCAUAGUCCGAAAUAG